GCCGAAGUAAGAGAGAUCAGCCCUCCUUUCUCGUCUGUAAUCUGCGCGGAGCACACUUCUGCUCGCGCCAAGGCUCCACACUGCUGCUGGGCUUUGCUGUAAGGAUUUACCCUUUCCUGAACAUACAAUGGCCGGUCCGAUGAGGGUGUCCGUGCUCCUGCUGGCGUUGCUGGUGGCGGCCGCCGUCGUCGCCGACGCCCAGGCCAAGGAGGAGCCCAAGCGCGGCAAGACUGUCAAGAAGCAGCUCAAGAUGGAGCCCGAGGUGGAGGCUGACGGCCCGGAGGUCGAGCUGUCCGUGGGCUGGCUGAACGGCCGCUGGCUGACGACCAAGGCGGGGAGGAGGGUGGCCGCCUUCACGGCCGUGCCCUACGCCAAGCCUCCCGUCGGCGACCUCCGGUUCCAGGCUCCGGUCCCAGCCGAGGCCUGGACGGGCGCGCGCGACUCGCCGCCCCUGCAGGACGUGCCGGUGUGCAUGCAGCACGAGAACGCCGCCACGACGCAGGGCAUGACGCGCUCCGAGGACUGUCUCUACCUCAACGUGUUCACUCCCAAGCCCUCCAACGGUACCCAGGACGGCACCGCUCUCCCCGUGCUGGUGUGGCUGCACGGCGGCGCGCUCGGCUCCUUCAACGAGGGCGGCAGCGGCGCGUACGGCCCCGAGUACCUGCUCGACAGGGAGCUGGUGCUCGUGACGCUCAACUACCGCGUGGGCGCGCUCGGCUUCCUCAGCACCGGGGACGCGGCCGCCAGCGGCAACUGGGGACUCAAGGACCAGCAGCUGGCCCUGCGCUGGGUGCGGGAGCACAUCGCGGCCCUCGGCGGCGACCCCGACAAGGUGACCCUGAUGGGCCACGCGGCCGGCGCCGUCAGCACGCACUGCCACUUGAUGGCGCGCAGCAGCGGGGGGCUCUUCCACCGCGCCGUGUCCAUGGGAGGCUCGGCGCUGACGGCUGGCCUUCCCCAGUCCGGCGCCGCGGCUCGCCGCCUGGCCCUGAGGCUGGGGGCCAAGCUGGGCUGCCGAGACGCGGUCGGCGAGGCCAGCACGGCCAAGCAGUCCGCCGAGCUGCUGUCCUGCCUGCGGGACAAGCCCGCACGAGACCUGGUGGCGCACGAGUCUGAACUCCGCGACGAAGGCCUGUGCCCGCUCGUCACCUGGGGGCCCGUCGUCGAGGGCGGCGAGCACUACGAGGGGCAGGUGGUCGUGCCCUUCCUCGACAUGCACCCCAUCGACACCAUAACCAGCGGACUGGCCCUGGACGUGCCCUGGCUGGCUGGGCUCAACAUCAACGAGGGCGGCCUUUGGGCAGCCGCAAUCCAAGGUUCGAAACAGCUCGAGGCCAUCGAUGCCAACCUGAACGUCAUGGCCCCGGUAUGCUUCGGGUUCAACGACACCGCCCGGCCCGAAGACCUCCCAGAGAUCAUGCAGGAAAUUCGAGAAUUCUACUUCGGGGCCAACAACUUGACGCGCGAAAACAUCUACGACUUGUCCAACAUGUUCACUGACGGCGUGGUCCUGUCAAGCUUGGACGAGGCCAUGAGGCUGCACGCCGCCUACCUCCCCGCUACCGCUCCGGCCUUCUUGUACCUCCUCAGCCAUCGAGGCCAGCACAGCGCCGCCGAGGCGUACGCCCAGCGACUGGGAGUGGUGCACGGCGACGAGUUGUUCCACCUGUUCCCCAUGGGCGUCGACCAGGACGCCGCAGACGCCGGCGCGUCGAAGAAGUUCAUCGACCUCCUCCUGAACUUCGCCAUAACCGGAAACCCAACUCCUCCAGGCGACGAGCGGUACACUUUCCCGUGGAAGCCGGUGGAGAGCGAGGAGCUCGAAUUCAUCGAGUUCUCCCAAAACGGUCGCCUUCUGAAGGGACGCGGCCUUCUCGGACACAGAGCCCACUUCUGGUCUGCUCUCGCCCUUUCAGAGAGGAAUGUUCAAAAUAUGGAAGCAUCUGUGCGUUUUACAAGAGUUCGCGACGAGUUUUAAGUAGAUAAGGCAAAGUAUAUAUCCUUAAAGAGCAGUGUAGAACUAUGCACAGUUCUUUUGAGGACUUUUAUUCUUCCUUGGAGGAAGAGAGAACUCUGCAUUUGCAAAUAUACAUAUAAAAAGCGGCAGAUUAGUUAAACAGCAUCAGUGCGCGGGUAUGUAAUGUAAGAUGCUAAUGUCUUUCAUCAUUAAUUAAUACAACCCCUCCAUUGAAAUACUCAAUGAACAUCAUAACCACAUACACAACUAACAUAGCCUUCAUGGGAUUGUAAAAACUCCUGAUAGAAAAUAGUGUUGAAGCUAAUGUAGCACUUUGUUGGAGAGUUGAAAAUGAAAUGUUAGAGAAGAGCCAAGUGAUGACAACAUGUGUGGAGCAAUCUUGAAAGAUUUAAUAAAUGGACUGAACCUGA